CCACUACUCAUCUCCCACCACUCCACCCUCAAAGAUGUAGCCCUCCCCACCCCUCCUCCCCCCUCACUGACUCCUGACACUACUGACCAUGUAACGCCAGGCUCCAGAGGUGUGGCUAACCCCACUGGCCCCACCCCUUCCGCCCCCCGUGACGUCGUGGCCUCGCUGGUCUCCACACGCUUCAUCAAGCUCACCUGGCGCCCUCCUGCUGAGCCCAACGGAGAAGACCUCACCUACUCUGUCUACUUCAAUCAGGAGGGUACCAACAGGGAGCGUAUCCUGAACACCAGUCGGCCAGGUGAGAUGCAGGUCACCAUUCAGAACCUGAUGCCCGACUCCAAGUACAAGUUCCGGGUGGUGGCACACAACAAGAACGGCCUGGGAGAGAGCUCUGCUGUCCUCAAGGUGGCCACCCAGGGUGAAGUGCAAGUUCCUGGCCCCGCCCCCAACCUGCAGGCUGUGUCGACCACACCCACCUCCGUCACCCUCAGCUGGGACACGCCCCUCACUGGUAACGGAGACGUCCUCACCUACAAGGUCUACUAUAUGGAGAAGGGUCUGGACCUGGAACAGGACGUAGACGCUGGAGCUCUGUCCUACACCUUGAUGGGUCUGAAGAAGUUCACAGAGUACAGCAUUAGAGUGGUGGCCUUCAACAAGCACGGUUCGGGAGUGUCCACAGGAGACAUCACCGUCACCACCCUGUCUGAUGUCCCCAGUGCCCCUCCUCAAAACCUCACUGUGGAAGUUCACAACUCAAAGAGUAUCAUGGUCCGGUGGCAGCCCCCACCACCAGGCGCCCAGAACGGCGAGAUUACUGGGUAUAAGAUCCGUUACCGGAAAGGAACGCGGAAGAGCGAGGCGGCAGAAACCACGGGAGGCACCCAGCUAUUCCAACUCAUCGACGGUCUAGAGCGGGGGACAGAGUACACGUUCAGAGUAUCAGCCAUCACAGUGAACGGCUCCGGGCCCGCCACAGAGUGGAGCACCGCAGAGACCUUCGAGAGCGACCUGGACGAGUCCAGGGUGCCAGACAUCCCCAGCUCGCUACAUGUGCGCCCGCUGGUCAACAGCAUCGUGGUGAGCUGGACGCCGCCGGAGAACCAGGACAUGGUGGUACGAGGCUACACCAUCGGCUACGGCAUCGGCAGCCCCCACGCCCAGACCAUCAAGGUGGACUACAAGCAGCGCUACUACAGCAUUGAGAACCUAGACCCCAGCUCCCACUAUGUGAUAACCCUGAAGGCCUUCAACAACGUGGGGGAGGGGAUCCCUGUAUACGAGAGCGCCAUCACCAGGCCACAGUCAGACCCCAUAGACCCUGAUGUUGAUUUGUAUGAACUCUUCCAUGCGCCAUACACACCAGUACCAGACCCCACCCCCAUGCUACCUCCCGUGGGCGUACAGGCCUCGGUGCUCAGCCACGACACCAUCAAGGUGACCUGGGCCGACAACUCUCUGCCCAAGAACCAGAAGAUCACGGACGCACGCUACUACACGGUGCGCUGGAAGACCAACAUCCCCGCCAACACCAAGCUCAAGACGGCCAACACCACCAACCUGAGCCACAUGGUGACGGGCCUGAAGCCCAACACGCUCUAUGAGUUCUCUGUCAUGGUGACCAAGGGCCGGAGGACCAGCACCUGGAGCAUGACGGCCCAGGGAACCACCUUUGAGACCAUUCCCAGCUCGUCCCCCAAAGAUGUGACUGUGGUGAGCAAGGAGCUGAAACCACGUACCAUCAUAGUCAACUGGCAGCCCCCCUCAGAGGCCAAUGGAAAAAUCACAGGCUACAUAAUCUACUACAGUACUGAUGUGAAUGCGGAGGUGCAUGACUGGGUGAUAGAGCCGGUGGUGGGCAACAGGUUGACCCACCAGAUCCAGGAGCUGACUCUGGACACCACCUACUACUUCAAGAUCCAGGCCCGUAACUCCAAGGGCAUGGGCCCAAUGUCCGAGGCCGUACACUUCCGCACCCCCAAGACUGAAUCCUCUGACAAAAUGGCUAAUGACCAAGCCAAUUUGCCAGUUAAACCGGGAAGUAACCAACCACCUCUUGACCAUGGCUUUGGGUCUUCACACGGAAAACCAGGAAUUACAGGAAGUGGGGACAACCACAUCCUGGUCAUCGUCGUCAUCAUCUCUGUGGGAGCGUUCACCAUCAUUGUGGUGGUUGUGGGGGCCUUCCUCUGCACACGACGCACCACCUCCCACCAGAAAAAGAAGCGGGCGGCCUCCAAGUCGUCCAACAGCUCCCACAAGUACAAGGGCAACUCCAAGGACCUGAAGCCUCCAGACCUAUGGAUCCACCACGAGCGGCUGGAGCUCAAGCCCAUUGACAAGUCCCCCGAGCCCAACCCGGUGAUGACUGACACCCCCAUCCCCCGCACCUCGCAGGACAUCAACCCCGUGGACCCCAGCCUGGACAACAGCCUGCUGCAGAGACGGAACUCCUACCGAGGCCACGAAUCAGAAGACAGCAUAUCUGCGCUGGCAGGGCGCCGGGGGAUGCGGCCUAAAAUGAUGAUGCCCUUCGAUACGCAGCCCCCCCAGCCUGUGAUUAGCGCUCACCCCAUCCAUUCCCUUGAUAACCAUCACCACCAUUAUCACACGGGCAGCCUGGCAUCCCCGACACGCAGCUACCUCCAUCACCACCAGGGCAGUGCCCACCUGCGCCCGCACGUCUGCGCCACCCCCAUCUCCUAUCUAGACAUGGUGGGCUCCACAGAGUCGGUGAGGAACACCCCCAGCACAGAGCCCCUCCCACCCCAGGCCCAGCCCCCCUGCCAAGCCGAGCACCAGCACCCGGAACCCGAGGGCAGCUACCAAGACUCCACGGCCACCGACGAUGAGCCUAGCGCCAGCGGCAGCUACUGCAGUGCCGGCCAGCCCCCCACCGCCCACGUGCGCCCCACUCACCCCCUCAAGAGCUUUGCCGUGCCCGCCAACCCCGCCGCCAUCUUCGAGUCGCCCGCCCUGCCCAGCAUGCCGCUGCUUACUCAGACUGGGCCCCAGCUCCACUCAGUAAAGACAGCCUCCAUCGGCACCCUGGGCAGGGUACGCCCCCCCAUGUCAGUCACGGUGCCCAGUGCGCCAGACGUGCCCGAGACCAGCAAGAUGCUGGAGGAUGUAGACAGUGUCCUUGCCUCCCUCCCCUCCUGUUCCUCCCUUGCUCCCCGCAGUAACCCUGUUCCUUUCCCUCAGAGCUACGAGCCUGAUGAGUUGACAGAGGAGAUGGCCCACCUAGAGGACCUGAUGAAGGACCUGAACGCUAUAACCACAGCCUGAGAACCACACGCCCACUCAUUACGCUGCUCACACACAUACAAGCAGACACACACACACACACUGCCAGCCCUCAGCAAACUGGGAGCCCGAUGCCCCGGUACAAAAUGGAUACCGUAAAUGGAUCUUACACACCCCACUCAAGACAAACAAAAAAUCUCAACUGAAACUUUUCAACUUUUGGCUUACCUUGCUCAGUCUCAGGAAGGAGAUGGCCAUUUUAAAAAGCGACAGUUCACCUUUUUAUGAAGAAACAUUCUCAGAGACGAUAUCUAACAUUGGUCGCAUUCAACCAGAAGAUUGUGAAUUUUCUCAGCACAAAAACUGAAAUGCAUCAGAAGGUUGCUCUCAUACUUUGAUUGCCGUGGAGACCGCUCCUAUGGUUGCCGGGGAGACCGCUCCUAUGGUUGCCGGGGAGACCGCUCCUAUGGUUGCCGGGGAGACCGCUCCUAUGGUUGCCGGGGAGACCGCUCCUAUGGUUGCCGGGGAGACCGCUCCGACAGACAUCAUAUUGUGAUUCCAAGUCAAGAGGAAGAGUCAAAUAUGCCGGUAUUUCAUGUUGGUGCUCACGAAACACAAUCUAAACACAGUGUUUGUUUAAUUAGUGUCACUUAUUUGUGCGUUUUUGUAUAUCUAUUGCCCUGUUUCAGUGAAGUGAACGUUGGACAACAGUCCCCUCCAUUUCCAUAAAAGCGGUAAUUUUAUAGCUAUCAUUUUGAUCCAAUGACGUCUGUUUUCCCUACUCUGUGUUAUAUAUUGUGCCAAGUCUCUUAUUAUUCUCUAAUAUGCCAUGUAUGUUUUUUACAUAUCCGUAUAGAUAUGUACAUAUGUUUUUUACAUAUCCGUAUAGAUAUGUACAUAUGUUUUUACAUAUCCGUAUAGAUAUGUACAUAUGUUUUUUACAUAUCCGUAUAGAUAUGUACAUAUGUUUUUUACAUAUCCGUAUAGAUAUGUACAUAUGUUUUUUAUAAACGGCCUCAUUCUAUUCCCCCCCCCAGCCUAGCCAAUCAUUUCAUUUUAUUUGGGAGGAGAGUGACAAAAUAGACCCUCAAACACUCACUUUUCAUAUCUUGUGGGGAGAUGCCUUGCGUGUUAGUCCAUUACAUUUGAAUGGUUUAUUGCGUUCUCUGGCAUUGUGUUGCCCCUUUAUACAUUGAAAUGUUCAGUCUUUUUUUGUUUGUGGGAGCUCUGUUUCAAAAAGCCUUACGAAACGUGUCCGUACGUUUACAUUGGAGAUGACUGUGCCCUCUGUGGACGUUUUCCAGUUACACUGUGAUCCCUCUGACACGCAGCAUCACCACUCUCAGGCCAGCCUGGCCUUGGAGUGCCAAGUAGUAGGGCUUGUUAGCUGGUGACCUUUCAGAACCAUCUGUGGGACAUGAACCCUCCAGAGGCUGCUGGACUCGGAGUGCCUCACCCCGCAAUCACACAUCCUACCCAGUCAGUCGUUUCAAUGGAAUGGCAAUAUAUCAUAUGAAAGUGCUAUGAAAUGGAUGUCUUGUUUCCAAGAGCCAAUAUUUGGUUGAAGAGGUCUGUUUUUUGCUCUUUAUCUCUCUGUCAUGUGAAAACCAGGUUUUUCAAUCAAGGAUAAGUGUUUACUGUUAUCUGAGGUCUGUUAAAGAAACACUGCUUCAUCGCUCUUUUUAAAUGCUACUUGCAACGAUGUUGGCCUAUUGAAUGGGACUCCCAGAUUCAGAUUUUUUUUUUUACAUGUAGUUUGUUUUGUAUGAAGAAAAAAUAAACUUGUUCUGUACACAAUUCCAAUGUAAAAAAAUUAAAUAUGAUAAUGUAAGAAGCUAGUUUUUCAUCUGCCCUCUUACCCAAAGAAAUGUAAUUGCAAUCCUAGUUACAUGCUCUACUUUUGUGAAUACCAUGUUUCUCAUAAUGUACAUCAUCAUGAAUGUCAAUAUAACUGUAAGAGAUUUUACUUAUGGAUACAAAAGGAGCAUGUAUAAAAAGAAUGAAAAAGAAAGUGGACCGUGGGAAAAAGACAGGACGCUAACCCGUUGGGAAUAACCUAUUAAGUUGUAGACAGUCAAGCCUGUAUUGCACUUUUUCACAAUUUUUGAAAAAAAAUAAUCUUCCAUAUCUUGUGUUUUAAAUAUAAAAGCGAUGUUUCUGUAAAGUAGUGUCCUAGGUUAGCAGCAGGCAGCUGGUCUUGUUUUAAUGGUCAUUUGUUUUUGAGAUAUGAAAUUGAGCGGCAGGUUUUACUGUGCUGCUGAGGUAUUCUGUUGCUUGUUUCUGUACAGAGAUCUCUUUGCUUUCUGUAGGAUAUUCUGUGGCUUAAAAAAAAAAAAGUUUGAGAAAAAAUGUUUUUUUAUUUUUAUUGGUGCUCUUAUACAUUGUGUAUCCAACUAUUAUGAAUACUAACAAAGUUGAAGCUUC